AUGUAUGCAAGAUAUAUCCCUGGGCAGGUGCCUUCGAAAGCCAACAGAGAUUCUCCCGUCGCAAAACAAUCGCCUGCGCCGUCAUCAGCACCUGCAGCGUCCGUAGUAACGAAUGGGGAUGGGCUCUCCUACUCUCGUUAUAUUCCUGGCGUUAAAUCCCAACAACAGACUGAAUUGCCGUCAAUCCAGCGAUUCGAAGAGGAGGCAGACUCUCCAAAGCCAAAGAGAAAGCGAAGUGACGGGGAGCCGUCGCUAGAGUCUCAGAGCAAGAAGUCGAAGAAAUCUAAGAAACGAACACGAGACGUCGAAUCGGAGGAAGAAUCAGAAAAAGACGCAGACUCGGAAGAGGCUGAGACCCCGGCAAAGCGUGGCUCCAAAGGGGAAGCGCGAACGAAGAAAGAACAUAAACAAGAGCAAGAACAAGAAUCUAAAGAGGAAGAGGAAGAAAAACCAACAAAGAGUAGGAAAUCAGAAAAACAUGGCGAUGAUUUGAAAUCAAACAAGGAAGAAAAGAAGAAGAAGAAGAAAGACAAGAAGAGAGGCGAAACAUCCGACCGUGGGGAUGAAGACGACGAACAGAGGCCCGAGCAGGCCGACGUUGACGAAGCGAGUCACAGCGCCCACGAUGCUGAGAUGGUAGAUGUGGAACCUCCCGAAUCCGAUGAAAAGCAGGUGAAAAAGGCCAAACGGGAAAAGAAGAAGAAACCCCAGGAUGCCAACAUGGACGACGGCCCAGCAGAAGACGAAGAAGACAAGCGACACAAGGCCGUCUUUGAGCGAAAGGUCAAAUCACUCAAGUAUGCCGAAAUCAUCAAGGAGCAAGGCAUCGUGGAGGAGCCGGAAGAGCCAACCGAGCUCCACGGCCUGGAGCCUCUCCCGCAGCCUGCACGCACCGCACCCAGCACGGAAAAGCCGACAUACGAGACUCUUCCCCCAUGGCUCUCGGCGCCGAUUCGUGUCUCGGUGGACACCCGAACUCCCUUUACAGAUCUGGGCAUUCUCCCAAAGGCGGCGCAGGUGCUGCAACAAAAGGGCUACACGGAAGCUUUUGCCGUUCAGACAGCCGCUCUGCCGUUACUGCUCCCUACAAAUCAACAGCAGCCGGGCGAUCUUCUCGUUUCGGCGGCGACUGGAUCUGGAAAGACACUGGCCUACGCUCUACCGGUUGUGAGAGACUUGAGCAACAGCGUCGUUACAAGGCUACGUGCGCUCGUCGUGCUCCCGACCAGAGAACUCGUCAAGCAAGCGCAGGAAGUGUUUGAGCUGUGCGCAAAGGCCUACGAGGGAGAGGACAGGAAGAGGGUGCGCGUUGGAAUCGCUAUUGGUAACCAGUCAUUGGCCUCUGAACAGGAUCUUCUCGUGAGCAAGGAGACGCGAUACGACCCGGAAGCAUACAAGCUGUUGGAACAGGAAGCAUCACAUCGAACAUCGAGUUCCAACAGCGAAGACGAUUUGGACGACUUCCUCACCGGCCCCAGUACGCAACGUGCCAACCCUCGCAUCGGCCCCUGGCAAGGCCAAGUCAUUGACUUUUAUUCCAAAGUCGACGUCCUCGUCUGCACCCCCGGCCGUCUCGUCGAGCACCUCGACCAGACUCCCGGCUUCUCCCUGUCCUACAUCCGCUGGCUCGUCGUCGACGAGGCCGACAAGCUGCUCGCGCAGAGCUUCCAGGGAUGGCUAGACGUCGUCCUGGACAAGUUCAAGACGAGCCAGUUUGGCGCUCGGGAUUUUCCCGACAUGCCGUACGCGGGCGUCCGCAAGAUUCUUCUUAGUGCCACCCUGACGAGGGAUCUGAGUCUUUUGAACCAGCUUGCUCUGCGCAGACCCAAGCUAAUUGUCCUGGAAAGCGGCAGGGAUGUUCAGGUUGCGGAGCACUCGCUGCCGGAAUCUCUGAAGGAGUAUGCCGUGAGGGUUCACGAUGCAAACCUCAAGCCGCUGUAUCUACUUGAUCUUUUACGAAGCACACACAUGGCCAUCAACGACGACACGAAGAAUGUGGAUCUCGGCACAGAAGCAGAAGCACACUCAGAGACUAGCUCAGACGACACAAGUUCAGAUUCCGAUUCCGACUCUGCCUCUGCCUCUGAUACAAGUUCAGAUUCGGAUUCGGAUUCAGAAGCAAGCGCCCGCAACAAGAAAGCACCCUCCAAGCCGUCCAAGUCGCAGAUACCCCGAUCCCUCAUCUUCACAAAGUCCAACGAAGCCGCCCUGCGCUUGUCCCGGCUGCUCAUCCUCCUCGACAAGUCCCUCGCUACACAAAUCGGCACUCUCACAUCCACCACGCCAACCAGCAUCCGUCGCAAGACCCUACGAGCCUUCACCACUCCUUCAUCCCCUCUGCGUCUCAUCAUCGCAUCUGAUCUUGUAGCACGUGGCAUCGAUAUUCCAAAGCUGCCGCACGUCAUCAACUAUGACCUGCCGCCAAGCGUAGCUGGUUACGUCCAUCGUGUGGGCCGUACUGCUCGAGCUGGUAGAUCUGGAUGCGCGUGGACGCUUGUGGGAGACGGAGAGAGUGGCUGGUUCUGGGGUAAGAUUGGUAAGAGCGCUGCCGUGAAGAGAGCACAAAAGGUGGCCAGAGUCAUGAUUGAGGAGAUGAGCGAAGACGGGAUAGAAGAGUACGAGAGUGCGCUGGAGAAGCUAGGCAAGGAGGCGCUCGAGUCACGGAAGAGAUAA